CAUUAUUACACCACCGAACACGAUCCAUCUUAUACAUCUCGAAAAACCCAAUUUUUAAUAUGCUGGAAGAUAAUUAAUUUUCUUUAGGCCAUCUAACCUUUGCCUAACAGCACAAACUCUCACACAUAUUCAAUUAAUACCCUUCACAAAAACAUAGUCAUUGCAAAUCAUCACACAUGAUAACGUGCCAAAAUUAACCCACUAUAAAUCAACCCCUCUUCCCCACACCCUUCACCCUUGUCUUGCAAUCCAAUUCAAGCCUUUUACUCUUUCCUUUUCCUUUUCAUUUCUACAAUAACAAUUUAUAAUAUAGUUGCAUGCAUACCCCUAGAGAGGAAUUGAAUUGAAGAAGAAGAUGAGCUCUGUGUGCAUAUCGAAGUGUGUAAACGACGCACGUGUGCCGGUACGUGCGACGUACGUGAACCUCUACAAGUGGCCGGAAUCGGACGCGGAGUUUGUGAGGAGAAGGGGUGGAGGUUCGCACGUGUGUGGCGGGCACCCGAGGGUGGUGGAUAGCAUCUCGUGCAGGCAGAUGUACCUAAGAAGCUACAAGUUUUCGAGGAAAGAGAGUGUGCCGGAGAAAACCCAGAAAUGUUUCGGGAGGGUUAAGGAGAGAGUGAAGAAGCAGGGAAGCUCUCAACAUAAUCAUGGCGUUAGGAGAAGGAAGUGUUUGGUUUGGAGGAAAAUGAGGGAAAUUUCAUGCGCUGCUUUGUUUAGGAUUUUUCAUAGGUUCUUGUCUUGCGGCGCUAGUGUAGAUGUUGUACAUGCAAAAUCUUGAUCACUUUGAUGAUUCUCUUUUUUGUUAAUUUAAGGUUUCUAAAUGAAUUGAACUACCAGAUUCGUUUUGUUUAUGAUUGAGAGAGAAGAGGCUCUUCUUUUUGUGUUAUUAUAUAUUUUCGGUUUUUUUUUUUUUUUGAGUUGGUUCUAUGUGGAUGUAAGGAACUUCAGACUAGGUUAAUGUUUAUGGUUAUUUAUUAUGUC